UUCCAUUGUCAGUUCAGUCAGUUCAUGACAGUUUUGUUGUGGGUACUUACACAAUAUAUUUUGCCAAACUUCUACAUAUUCUUUACUGUUUAAAUGGGUGAACCAACUGAAACUGAUUUGUUGGAAGCAAUCAAAGAUUCCCUGCAAAGAGAAGGAACACUAGGAAGAGUGAAUGGUGAGAUAAGAGCAGCAGUGAUGUCUGUUUUGAAUAGAAAUUUCGAAAACAGUGAACCCCCAAAGGUACCAGAGGAAACCAAACUGAUAAAUGAGCUGUUGAGGGAGUAUCUAGCAUGGAACGGAUAUCUGUACACUGAGCAAAUAUUAGUAGCCGAAUCUGGACAGAAAAAUGAAAAAAUUGGCAGAGAUGUUUUAACUACCAAAUUUGGGGUAAUGGACGAUGCCAAAACUGCCAAAAUUCCACUUUUAUACUACAUAGUCGCAGCCUUCCAAAAUGCUGGAGAAGAAUAAUCUUACCAGUUUUUUU